AUGAGUCUGAGGCACCCGCGGCGCGCCAAAAACAAUGCCGUUCUGGAAGCACCUCCACCCAAAAUAGGAGACUUUCAACACUCCAUCAUUCCGUUCGGUAACAUCGUCAUGACUAAAGAACAAAAGGAAUGGACAAUGCAGCUGGAACAUGCAGGAGAGGUCAUGAGCCUCGAAGUCCAAGCCGGACUGGAUGGUUUCAGAAUGAUCGGAGAAAUACGGAUAAACCGGGGAAUCAGAGACCCGGUCCGAAAGGCUCUGUGGAUGCCGGAGGGGAUCGUCGGGGAUGGAAACAUCAAAACGUUUGAGGACGCCGAGAUCGAUCAACUCUUGAUGUCGGACAAGCCGUACAUCCACCGCAAGGAGAGAACAAUCCAAAUGAUUCGUCAAGACAACGAAGAAACGGCUGAGGAGGAUGAAAUCGACUCGAUAACCGACGAGUUCGAACUCCUCGAAAUCGAAGACCUCGACGAGUGA